UGUUAAAAGAAGAUUAAAAAGAGAGAUUGUUUCUUUUGGGGUGUUGUUUUGUUUUUGUUUGGUGGUUGAAGAAGGGGAACAUGGCUGUACAAGCGCAGUUGUAUUCUGAUAACGUCGGCUUUCCAUUGUGCGGUUCUUUCGAUUUGAUCGAUAAUGGUCGCGGUGUCGGUGCCGGUUUCGGUUUAAGUGUUCACCAGUUAUCGCACUUGCAGCAACUGAAACAACAGCAGCAGCAGUUUCAGUAUCUACAAAACCAGGAGCAGAGAAACCAGAAUCUUGAAUCCAUGGUGUUUAGCCAAAACAUGGUUUCUCAAGCCGAGGUUCAUCAGUUCAUCAAAUCACAGAAUGAGAGGCUGAGAUUGUUGGUGCAAGAGCAGAGAAAGCAGCAGUUGGCUUUAAUGGCGAAGAAGAUGGAAUCGAGGGCGUGUGUUUUACUCAACCAAAAAGACCAAGAGAUUGCAAAGGCGAAUAACAAAGCAAUGGAGCUGCAGAAUCUGUUGGGAAGACUCGAGAUGGAGGGUCAAGCGUGGCAGAGAGUGGCGCAGGAGAAUGAAGCCAUGGUUCUCUCUUUGAACAACCGGCUCGAACGGCUACGGGAGCAAGCCUCUUGUCGGCUCAACAACAGCGUUGACGAUGCAGAAUCUUGCUGCGAAUGCGUACAGGAGGAAAACAACAACAACAACAACAACAACAGUGUUUUCCCAGUCGAUCAAAGAAAAGAACUCGACGAAGAAGAAAGAACAAUGGUUUGCAAAUGCUGCUACCGUCGAGGUUCGUGCGUGCUGUUCCUCCCGUGCAGGCACCUCUGUUCGUGCAAAGAUUGCGCGGUUUUUCUUGAUUCUUGCCCCGUUUGUAAAACAGCUAAGAAAGGUAGCAUAGAGGCAUUGGUUUCCUAGGAAAAUAGGAAACAGAGUUUCU